AUGUCGGAUGGAUCUGCCAAUACGUCACCACCGCUGCCGGCAUUGAGGCAUCGACGCCUUGUAACCGAAUCGACAUCGGAGAUGAACAGCGGCAACUGGGCCAGCGAAUCUGCAAGCAACCGUCCAAUGUCGACUGCACAAUCGCCGAAUUCUCCCACUGUUGUCGCGACCACCACCGUCAACAGCACCACCACCACCACCACCACCGUUGCCGCUGCCGCUGCCGCCGCAUCCGCCGAGGCGCGUGCGCUUUUGGAGUUUGGUGAGGGCUAUCACCGUAUCCUUGAGGAACUUGGGAAUCCCGGCUACCACUCGAUCAAGGCCCUCUUCUACGGCGAGGAAGGGCCGCCAGGGAACACGGUUCCCUCCAUCACGGUCUCGUUUGAGCUGUUUGAGGCGGUGCAGAAUCGCUUCGCCACGACGAAGGCGACACUGGAGCGCACGAAGGAGGAUCUUCACACGCGUCAUCAGCAGUACGCCCUUCUGGAGGGGCAGCAUGAGCAGCUGCAGGGGUCAUACAACCUGCUAGAGCAGCGGGCCAACGAUCUGGAACGGAAGAACACGCAGCUGCUCCAAGACAUUGCCAAGCAGGGCGUCAUGUCGGAGCUGCUGCGGCAACAAGUCACUCGGAUGAAGUCGGAGGCGGAGAUGAUCGAAGAAAAAAUGGCCAAGCGAGACGAGGAUCUGCAAGUGCUGCACAACCGCAUCGCGGAAGGGCUGGUGUCGCUCUCACAGAAGGAGACGGUCAUCGCAAACCUGCGACGGCAGCUUGGGUACGGUGGGCGCCUUAAGCGCGACGGCGUUUCCGGGAAUUUGGGCGGUGAGUCCGAUGAAUACAGCCCGGAGGCUUUGAAGCGCAUCGCGGAGGACGUCGAGGGUCGCUCAACCGAGGCAAGAUUGCGUCUCUGCGUCGUGGAGCUCGAGGCGAAGGUCCGGAGUGUGAUGGAUGAGAGGAAGUACGUUAUGGUGCGCCACACAAUGUACCGCAACCACGUGCAAACCGUCACCGAGUCGUACGAGGCGCUCUGCAUGUCAAGGGAGGAUGCCAUGGGGUCGCAUGUGUGCGAGGCCCCGCCGAGUUUUGCUGUCAUGGCGGAAUCAACUGAGGACCGCAUGAUGCUCAACAACAACAACAACAACAACAACUUUAUGAGGAGCUCCGCGUCGAGGCUGUCCCCGCACACGUCGAGCUUAUCCGAGCGUCACGCAAGGAAUUUAUCCCCGCCGUUUCAAGAGUCGGAUUCUGAGCGGCGCCGAAGCCAAGGCAUCGCCAGCAAACGCAACAGUGUGACAUCACGGGGGGCCUCCUAUGAGCGCACGGCUAUGUCCCCGAUGACCGCCGAGCCGGACACCCAAACGCAGCGCUCGCCCCUCCGAAAAAAUCGAUUCUCGGUGGCAUCGAUGCGGCCUUCAAGUCUGGAAAAAAAUGCAGACGACAAGGGGCGGGCAUCCUCGCUGUCGUACAUGAAAAGUGUCAGCCCCGCCUCCAAGGCAAAGGAAGGUACGCGCCCAAGGGAAUCCAGAACGAAACGCAAGCUGCAUUCAGCAACGACGGGGUCAAUGGAUCACUCUGGCGCAUCCUUACCGCUAGUUAUCCAGCACGGCGAAUCACAAGGACAGAAGAGUCCCAAUGAUUACACCAACAGGGGCGACAACACCGCCUCACCACCCAACAAAAUAAAAAAAAGAACUAAAAAUGCCGGAGCGCGGGACCAGGGGACACAGACAGAGUGGCAUGCGGGAAAGAGGCCGGUCAACAACCUGCAAUUGUCGUCGCACCCAUCGAGUGCUGGGCGACACAACACAACAGGCUCCCAUAGUCUAAACCCGCAAUCCCCCUCGCUCAGCCUUUUGGCUGCAGCGCAAUCCGUUGAUUUAUCGUUCACCGGGAAUUCUGCGUCCGAUAAGGCCUGGGAAAGAGCUGGAUUCGCACCGAGAGACAGUGCCUCCACUGGACCAUUUGGCUCUAUGCUUCCAGUAUUCGAGCAGCAGUUCCGCGAACAAGGCGAGGAAUCCAAAAAUGGAUCCUCCAUAAGAGCUGUUUCUGAAGAACGCGCCCAUGCGGGACGAGCGACGCAAGAUAGGAGCGAAAUGUCUGAGAGAACCAAGUCUGCCACUAGACGAAUUGUACGAUCUCUUGCCGCGAAUUACGGGGAAUUGCACGCGGCGCUAGUCGACCUUCAUGAGUUUCUUUUUCCUUUAAAGGGGAACGAACAACAAGGCGGGACGAAGCCGAUUCCAUUUUACCUGGAUGAGAACAAUGCGGAUGCGGCAACGCAAGCGGAGUACUUGUCAACUGUUGUAGCGGCCGACUCCCGUGUGCUCUUACAUAUACUGAACCGCUCACAGCGGAAUUUGUCAGGUCCAGGCGGUCUGCACCCAUCCCCUAAGAGGGUGCCGCGUGGAGGCCUCCAGAGGGUUCUUUCUGGACAGCCUUCAGAAACAUCCUCCAGCCCUAAUGAAAAACCCGUUGGAAUUGCGCGAACAGGCAGAUUUCCCCUUAACGGCGCGUUUGAUUUGCGACCAGCGGACGUGGAUGGGGCGGGAAAGACACCGUCACGAAGGCCGGAGAUUGCGGAAACCACAGGCGGCACCAACAGUGUCAGUGCUUCAGGGAAGAUUCACGCGGCAGACAAACUCGAUACGUCGCUGGUGGCGGACAGCCCGGGGGUUUUGAGCCCUGCAAAGAGGCUCAGCGAGUCUAGGAGAACAGUAACCACUGGAAAUGUUUCCCCGCUGCUGAGUGGAGAACUCACGGGCGCAGGUGAAAAUGAAGCUCGAAGGAGCGGAAAAGGCGGUCGUAUCAGUGCCGGUGAAAGAACUACGUCAGGGAAUUUGUCUCGUGUCAGCCAAAGUCUGAAUUCUGGUGGUGUUUCGCGUGUGGACAACAGGGGGUCCGUGUCGCAGAGGCUGCAAGAAGACGGAGGCGCUUCUUUGAUCGCAUCCGCUUCCAGGCCUUCCAACUCUACUUAUAAGAAGAAGGGCAACAACUUACUUCCCACACAUACCUCUCGAAACGACAAACGGGGAGAUGCCGAACGGCAUCCACCUCAGUUAUCUACAGGAGAAGAAAAUGCCGGCGCAGAGCAACGCGGUCAUUUCAGACACUCCUCUUCUCUAGUGAAGGAUUCUGAGGCGUUAGUGGGGAAACAGAAGGAUCCACAAACGACUUCUCAAACGAAGAAAACAACACCUUUUCUGUCCCUUCCCGAACUCCCGAUUAGGGGCGGCGAUGAUGAGGGGUCGAAAGGACAGGCGAUAAACCAGGAGGGCGUCACUGCCACUGCAGAUCCUGGUUUGGGUGCGGGUGCCGGCACCAUUGGGAGCAAGAGCGCACCAGUUUUGCCAUCUCUUUCCACGAGGCAGAGAAACAUGACUAGCCGUGGGGCAGAUCGUGGGCGACAGGGGUCAAAACGUUUGGUGUGGAAUGCGGCUGUGGUUCGCUUUGACUUCUCCAAGUUGUUUGGCCCAACAAUGGGGGGACAGGCACCUUCACAUUAUUCACCAGGCCGGCAACAGUCCUCUCGUUCUUUCAUACCUGCCAGAUCACCCAAGGAAACGGUUUUUCGCAGAGCGUUGAACAAUAAAGGGCUCACUGGGAGAAGACAAUUCUCAGCUCACUACGGCGCCACCCCCGGUAUUGCCUUUGAUACAGAUAAGGGGACUGGCUUUGCGAAUGCAUUUUCGCCCGCUCCGUCAAACUAUUUGCUUCCGGGGUUUUGUUUUUCGCCAUAUAUGCACCCCACCGCUUCCAUACCUUCAAAAAAUAAAGCGGAAGGUCAAUUUAAUGAUUUAGUCCUCGGUGGUACAACUAUGUUUACGCCCUCGAGUACGGAGCGGUUGCGAAGUCUAUCACAUUCACCCUCACCAAUGCGCUCACGCUGGCCCCAAGACCCUGUAAUGGAGACGAGGAAGACAAAUCCGAGUGAUUUUGCCGUUACUGAUCAUUGGCUUGGUGAACUGCCUAGUUACGGUAAAAACGUCGCGCAUCAGCCGCCAGCUGCGGGUUUUGCCAGCAGAGUUGACAUAUGUACACAGGAACCCCCCUAUUGGAAUAACUUUUAUUCAAACGAACAAGUCUUGGUUCAAAUUUUGCAUCGGGACCCCGGGUUCUGGCGGCUUAUACGUGACAGUCAGGGGCGAGCGCGCCAACCACCAAAAACUUUUUCUUGUUGGAUGCGGCGGAGACUUUUUAGAGGCCGACAAUUGCGAUUCUUAUUGGGAUUGCAGCAUCCACGAGUUCAUCCCCUAUGUAUGCCAUUACGCCCAUUCAACUACCAGUCUCUUGUAAGGCCGUCAGAUCUUUACAUCGGUAGCUCAAGGAAAUUCAAACUGGCGCCACAUGUGCUAGGGAGACAAUGGUAUGCGAAACGGAGACCCCGUUUCACGAGCCUGGUGAAGCGGGUUCACCCAUUUCCCAGGAAAAAUAUUGAGCCGCAGAAGGAGUUUGUGCCCUUGUUAAUUCGAGGUCUGACUCUGAGGCCUCUGCCAGCGAAAAAGAGAGAGCAUUAA